GCGCGCCGAGCUCCCGGACGAACGCAGCCCGCUCCGCUGGCAGGGGCGGCGCAGGAUGCCGCGGGGCUGGCGGCUGCCCAGGCCGCGGGGGGUGGCUCCGUGAGGCGCCCGAGCCCAGCUGCGGAGUUUGCAGGCGGCCCGCGCUGCACCAGAGUCCGGCCGAGGCAGUCUCUCUAGCUGAGAGUAGAAGAACUGGACAUGGACAGUAAUAUAGCUGAAUACCGCAUCAGUGUCAUAAGGAGUCCACACGGGUGGGAAAUAGGCAUCUAUGUAACUGGCGCACUUGUUCUGCUGGGAAUAGCUGCACUAAACCUCUGGAAACUAUGGAAGUCUGGGAAUUAUCCAACUCCGUCUCCAUUUCCCAACUACAACUACCGAUACCUGGAACAAAAGUACGGGACUACGUAUUCGGACAUCAAACACAAGAGAGGGGGAGCCUCAAACUUCCGAAAGGCAGCAGAAAGGACGUCCCCUGUCCGCAAGCCGAGCCUGAAGAUGGAUGACACCUUUGAGAACAUCAAUGAGCUGGGAACCUUAGAGUUGAUGAGCAAAGACCUAGAUCUGGGUCCAUUCGGGCCACUGAAGAAAUCCGUGUCCACUGACUCCCUCAGCUCCAUCUCCUCCAUCGGGAAUAACUUUGGCCAAGACUUCACUGUGGGCCAGGUGGAAGUCAACAUGGAAUAUGAUGUGUUCUCCAACACCCUGCACGUCACGCUGCUGCAAGGGAAGGACCUCCUGGAGAAGGAGGACGUCAACUUUGAGUCUUGCUUUGUGCGCAUCAGCUUGCUCCCAGAUGAACAAAUCAUUGGCAUUUCCAGGAUUCAAAGGAGUGCCUUUUCCGUCUUCUUUGAUGAGAAGUUUUCCAUCCCCUUGGACCCGUCUGCGCUGGAGGAAAACAGCUUGAGAUUUUCUGUCUUUGGCAUUGAUGAGGACGAGAGGAACAUCAGCACUGGGGUAGCAGAGCUGAAGCUGUUGGACUUGGAUCUGGCCAGCCGCCCAUUCAAUGCUUGGCUCUAUCUGCAGGACAUGAACAAGGCAGUUGACUCGGUGGGAGAGAUCCUGCUGUCUCUUAGUUACCUACCCACAGCGGAGAGGCUGACGGUCGUAGUGGUUAAAGCCAAAAACCUCGUGUGGACCAACAGCAAAACGACAGCAGAUCCUUUCGUCAAAGUGUACUUGCUUCAGGACGGGAGGAAGAUCAGCAAGAAGAAGACAGCUGUGAAGAGAGAUGACACAAAUCCUGUGUUUAACGAGGCCAUGAUUUUCUCAGUGCCCGCAAUCGUCCUACAGGAUCUGUCUCUCCGGGUGACGGUGGCAGAGUGUGGCGAAGAUGGGAGAGCGGAAAACAUUGGCCAUGUCAUCAUUGGCCCAUCGGCCAGCGGCAUGGGCAUCACGCACUGGAACCAGAUGUUGGCCACCUUAAGGAAGCCGGUGUCCAUGUGGCACCCCGUUCUACGAAACUAAGGGCAAAGUUACACUCUGCGAGUAUCUUGCAUGGUGCCUAGACUUCCCAUAAUCAAAUGUUCUUGGCAAAUGGACCGCGGUACGUGGGACAUAAACUGUUUUUCCAAACGUUCUUCACAAGUUCCAUUUAAUAAGAAGGAGCAGCAGGGGAAGUCACUGAAUCAGAUCCUUGAGAAAGCUUCAGUGGACCAAAACCUGAGAGAAGAAGCAACUCAAGUGUGAUUAAGCGCAGAAGUGGCUUCCGGGCAAACACUUCCUCCCUAGCACUUCCUUUCCAGUGACACCCGCUUGGGAGUCCCAUUAUCCCUAAUCGUCUGUGAUUUUAUUUUCCAGUGAACAUUACACAAUAGAGCAUGGUCUGUUCACUGACUUAAGAGGGUUAGGGGUAAAUUUGUGAACUCGCACCCACGGUGAUCUUAGCCCCACAGAUUUUCAGGACAGUGCCCGGGGGGAGUUUAGCCACAUGGAUUUUCAUCUAUAUGAUGGCCAGGCUGGCAUUUAACAACAACUGGGUGUUUUCAGUGCAGGGUCCAAAGAGAAAUUUAUGGUUUUAAUACAGUGCUGCCCUGACAAUAGUGCCCUCUCCAUGAGGGGUCCUUUGGUUCCUCCUCAGGAUGGCUCCCCAUUAAAAACUUGAGUUCAGGCACAGUGAGCAGCUCCAUUAGUAGCAGGUGCUUAUUUUCCCCGUCCGACUACUGGACAUUCUGAGCUUAACUCUGAGCAGAGGGAAUACAGAUGUUGGCAUUUUUAAUAAAGGAACAGCCUUUAAAAAAAAAAAAAAGAUAUUUUCCAAAGCAUAAUAUGAACCUAAAGGAGAGUUCCUUUAGGAAGAACUCAUACUGCACUUUACCAUUUCAAUGAACCCCCCCUUUUCCACAGCCCAUUCUCUCAAAGGCUCGAUUCUGUAGUCAGUUGAAGUUGAGGGCCCUCAGCACCUUGGAUUCUUGGAUUUUGGGGGCCUCCAUGUUUGAGGUUGGCUGAAAUUCUUCAAAUUUCUAUUAAAAAUGUCAUCAAAAUCUGACUGGGAAAAAAUGGGGAUGGUAGUGGAAUUUGAUAACAUAUUUGGUGACUCCUGUUUUUUUGACCAACUAUGGAACAGGGUGAAAUGUUUUGAAUUUCAAAUGCCAACCAGAAAAGUGGGGGAAAUGUCUACUCACAAAACAGCUGAUUUCUUUUUUUCCCCCUUCUGUUUUCCAGCCAAUUCUAGAGUCCAACUUGAGACACAUUGGUGCCAAUUUCCAGAGCUCCUGAGCUUCUGCUGACCUUCACUUGGGAUUGUGGGUGCUCAGCACCUCUGGAAGCCAGGCCCACAGGGUCUCGUAUUGGGCACCCAACAGUGUAGGCCUCAGUUUUUACUCAGUCCCCACCUAAAGAUCAAGUUGCAGUCAAGAUUAGCACAUGCCAGCUUUUCUGUAAAGCCCCAGCUCUUGGAAUCAUGUUGUUACUUGCUAAUCUCUCUUAAAACAAAAACAACAAACUGACUAACCAAAUUAAGAGUCUAGCCCUCAUGAUAAUGGAGAAAAGCUUGAAAACAUGAGCACUCAGGGCUCAAACACCACAACGCAAAUGUAAAGAACCCCAAAUUUAUUAUUUGUAUAAAAUGUCAUGAUAUUUCAGCCAAUCUCGUGAUUUUUGGGGCGAGCACCUGAUUCUCAGUUUUGAAUUUAGGAGUUGGGAAAAGUUCAGUCUCAUUGGGGACAAUUGGUGUGUGUUUGCUUCAGGGCAGUGUAAAAACUGACUGAGACUCUUCAGAAGAACCAGCUGCCGCUGAAAGCUGUGGAGGUGGAAUGCAAGCCCAUUACAGGAGGCAUUUCCUGCCAUCUUUGAACUUGGAAAAGCCAUCAAGAACCAAAAUAUGUUGCUUACUGAGGCCUAAGGGGGUCUGAAAUCAGUGCUCUGUUGUGAUGGGCUUUCCAUGAAAUGAAGAGAGAGAUUACUUAAUAGAGGGGAAAUGAAACCAGUCAGCCGUUUAAUUCUACCUCUGUCCAACCAAACGGCAUGCGGCAGGGCAGUUGGCUUCAGCAUCUGGGCAGAACCAUCAAAAGCAGGCACAGCUGGAUGCAGCCAGCCCAUGUUUCCUCACAGCGCAGGGAUAGUUUCUUUAAAGCAGUCUUGGUCAGGCUGCGCCCUGUACUCUCCUGGGGCGGGAUACCCAAGCUAGUAGGAGAGGUGAUCAAAGCAAUGGCGCAUUGUUUCUUUGCUGCCUUGAAGUCUUGUAGUCAGUGAGGAUUCAGGCAAGACAGGAGAGGGAGCUCAGACUGCACCUCUGCUGUGCUGGGUCCUGCCAUGUCUUGGCAGGUAUGAAGCUAUUAGCAGGGCUCCCCCUGCUCCAGAAUGCACCAUUAGCCUCCGGGGCUGGAGUAUGCUCAUUGCUUAGGGGAGGGGAGAACCAAAUAUCAGUGUGCUCUGGGGAGCCCCUAUUUCCCCUCAUCUUACCUGUGUAGGAGCCAGGCAGCUUAUGGACCCAGCUGAAAUGCCCAGCAGGGCUCCUGGGUUCUAAUGCUUGAGGGCAAGCCCAAGCUUCCUGGGCACACAGUGCCAUUGGGCAGCAGGCACUGGGCGAGAGCAUGCUGUGUCCCCGGUGCCACUUCCCCAAGCCGGGGGGCUUCCCCUUUGCUAGAGGAACAUGCUUGUGUUCAGUGUGAAUCACCCUUGUCAAAUGCCUCAAUCACACGGUGGGGAAGUCUGUCAAGUCCAACAAUUGCAGCUUUGUGAACAUGAGAUUCACCCACUUUCCAGCUCCAGCAGCUUCCUACAUUGCUAGUCAAAGGGCAUGGGGGGGGGGCUGUUCCUUAGCGCUGGGUUCUGGGCUUGGCCCUGUGUCAAACUCCUUCAUCCUGCUCACAAAUGUUCUUCACAAAGCUUUAGGAUAAAUUGACGUUGACUUGAACUUUGUUGGCUAUCUGGGCCUGAUUAAAGGCCAACUUCAGUGGGCUUCGGCUCUAUGAGCUAAGAGGUGAAAACAUUAGCUACAAGUUGUUCCCCCCGUCUUGAUUCAGACAAAGGUUAGAAGCCGUUUUAUUUACACAGCCUAGUGUCCCAGUUGUAGCUCCCUCUAUGAUGGAAGCAGAGCAAGGAUGGUCUUAUGAUUCAGGCUCUGGACCAAGACACAGGAGAAGGGGGCUUUAGCCCUGGCUCUGAUACAGACGUAGAUGUGGUAUUGGGCUAUCACUCAGACUGGACCAUUACUGGAUGUCCUUUUAAGAGCUAUGCUGGAGUCCAACCACCAAGUUAUUAAUGCGGAAAUUGCUGGGUGAGAGUCCCUGAGCUGUGUGAUACAGGAGCUCAGAAAAGAUGCUCACAGUGCUCCCGUCUGGCCUUAAAAUGUGUGUGUUGCAAAUCUCCUUCCCAAGCAUCAGAUCCAUUUGGGAGCACAAGGCCAGGCCGAAACGCUUUUGGCUGCAGACUCUGAUAAUGCUCGGUGCAAAGAAGAAUGAAAAUGUUAACGGUAUUUAUGGGACAGACCAAAAAGCAACAAUGGCGGUAGUUAAAAUUUGUACUUUGAAUGCUUAAUAAUCCGCUCUCUCCACGCCAUUGUUUUUUCAGCAUUACAUCAUAGCAGAGUAGAGCAAUGUGCCAGCGGUUGAGGGGGGGAGGGGUAUAUGAAAAGUGUAUCUAGCAUCAUGCUGUAGCUGUGCGAUGUAUUUAAAUGGUUAUGUUAUCACUUUAAAGAUCUGUCAGCCUUGGUGUAUUAAACUACAGCACCUGCCCUUCAUUCCAGCUGAAAGAUAAAUAAACAGCGAGGAGACUUGGCAAAUGA